AUGGAGCAUCGUCUUACCGGUGGUCCCCAAGACCACCUAAAUUACAACACCACUGUUGCAUCCUCGAGCAUAGGCAUAAGUAUGCUAGCAUCCGGCUAUGCGCCUGGCUCCGAGCCAAUAGCACGACCCCCAAACGCAUUAGACGAUCCUGAUUAUUGCGCAGGAUGCGGUACCUCAACGAACGGAAACCAAGAUUGGAAGGAACAGCAUUUACAUUUUCGCAAUGAGUGUAAAUUGGGUUAUCAGAAUAACACUUGUCAAUUCCCAAAAAUUCCGCCACCAUUACUAGCAUCGGAUCCAAACGGUGAUCAUACUGCUUAUGACGAUUACUGGGGCAAUUAUGAUGCUUAUGUUAACGAUACCCCUUCGGGUACUGUUCCCAACGAUACGCAACAGUCUUUAUACCCACAAGCGAGUAGUAGCGCACCUCAAGAUGAAAAUUACUACCCAGCAACAACUAAUGGUAUUGGUCAGAGUGGUUAG